AUGCCUCUGGAGGUCUUCGGGGCAGAGGUGGAGGCGCUGCAGCUGGUGCGGUACCACCAGGGGCAGCAGUACGGGCCGCACGUCGACUGGGGCACUGAGCAGGAUCCGCCCGGUCCCGGCCCUGGCCGGAGCCGCUCCGCUUCCUCGGCCGCCCGCGGGGGCGCGAAGAUAGCCGCAGGGCCGAGCUGCGCGGCCGGGGAGGCCGAGAUGGGCCAGACCCAGACGAAGCUCGAGGACAGGUACCACCUCCAGAAGGUGAAGCUGGGCCAGGGUUCCUUCGGCGUCGUGUGGAGGGCGGUGGACAAGGCGAACCAGGAGGUCGUCGCCAUAAAGCAGCUGGACAAGUCCAGGAUGCCGAAGCGUGGCGUCUCUCGCGAGGACGUGGAAAAGGAGAUCGGGAUAAUGACGGCGUGCAGGCACAGGAACCUCCUGGGCCUGCUGGCCACCUUCGAGGACGAUAGAUACGUGUCCUUAGCGCUCGAGUAUUGCGACGGAGGCGAUUUCGGCGACAAGGUGAAAGAGCGGGGCCAGAACCUCGAGCAGGAGGAGGCAGUCGCUUGGAUGCACGACAUAGCCUCUGGCGUUGCGGCUCUGCAUGCCAAAGGCAUCUGCCAUAGAGACAUUAAGCCCGACAACUUCAUGGUGAAGGGAGAGCCUGGGAGCCAGUGCAUCAAGCUCGCCGACUUCGGGCUGGCGGUGUUCCUGCCGCCGGGGCGGCGGCAGCUCCUGACGCUGAAGUGUGGGACGCCCGCGUUCAUGUCCCCCGAGGUGCACCUGCUGCCCGGCUUCAGCCGUGGCUACAGCCUCCCGUGCGACAUCUGGGCGGUCGGCGCCGUCCUCAGCAUGCUGAUGCACGGCGGCCAACACCCGUUCAUGGACAGCAACGGCCAGCUGGACACCAACUGCCUCCUGUCGGGCACCGUGGUGUCCGAGGGCCUCUUCAACGGCCUCGUGCUGCGGCAGGGCUCGAGCUUCUCCGACGAGGCGCGCCAGCUCCGCCGGAAGAUGCUGGACACGAACCCGGAGGCGCGCCCGAGCGCCGAGGACGUGCUCCGCAGCCCCUGGUUCCGGUCGCGGGGGCUCGGCAGGCACGCCCCCUCCGCGGCGCCCUCGCCCGCCCGCAGGACGCCCCAGGCGCAGAGGCCCCCCUCGGGGUCCCCGGCGGCGAAGGCGCAGGCCCCGAGCCCAGGGCCGACCAACCUGAUGGAGAAGCUCAUGCAGGCCAUGGUGGACGCGGGGGACAGCUCGCCCGUGGCGGCCCGCACCCCGGCCGCCCGCGAGAAGAACGGGAACGGCUCCCCGAAGCGGUCGCCCCAGGUGGACGGGCGGCGCCGGCCGCCGGCGCUGCCCCCCCCCGCGAUCGAGGGCUCGCCGCCGCUGCGGGGGGGGCCCGCGAAGGUGCGGGACGGGCGGGGCCCGUCCUCGUCGCCGAUGGCUGGCUCCCCGAUCAAUGACGUGCCCACGCCAAGCAGGGUGACGUCCCACCAGCGGCACAUCCGCUUCUGA